GGAAGUGCUCUUACAACAUUGGCUGCCGGCGUGACUUUGACCGCUUCCCGGUGCGUUACCGGCAGCUGAACCCACCCGGCGCCACGGGACUUUGACGCGUGCUCUGCGCUUGCCAUGAGACUCCUGGGAGCCGCAGCCGUCGCGGCUCUGGGGCGCGGAAGGGCCCCCGCCUCCCUAGGCUGGCAGAGGAAGCAGGUUAAUUGGAAGGCCUGCCGAUGGUCUUCAUCAGGGGUGAUUCCUAAUGAAAAAAUACGAAAUAUUGGAAUCUCAGCUCACAUUGAUUCUGGGAAAACUACAUUAACAGAACGAGUCCUUUACUACACCGGCAGAAUUGCAAAGAUGCAUGAGGUGAAAGGUAAAGAUGGAGUUGGUGCUGUCAUGGAUUCCAUGGAACUAGAGAGACAAAGAGGAAUCACUAUUCAGUCAGCAGCCACUUACACCAUGUGGAAAGAUGUCAAUAUUAACAUUAUAGAUACUCCUGGGCAUGUGGACUUCACAAUAGAAGUUGAAAGGGCCCUGAGAGUGUUGGAUGGUGCAGUCCUUGUUCUCUGUGCUGUUGGAGGGGUACAGUGCCAGACCAUGACUGUCAAUCGUCAGAUGAAGCGCUACAACGUUCCGUUUCUAACUUUUAUUAACAAAUUGGACCGAAUGGGCUCCAACCCAGCCAGGGCCCUGCAGCAAAUGAGGUCUAAACUAAAUCAUAAUGCAGCAUUUAUGCAGAUACCCAUUGGUUUGGAGGGUAAUUUUAAAGGUAUUAUAGAUCUUAUUGAGGAACGAGCCAUCUAUUUUGAUGGAGACUUUGGGCACUUCCUGAGGGAUUUCCUUCCUCUGCUAUGGAAUUGGGAUCGCAGGUCUGGCAGUCAGAUUGUUCGAUAUGGUGAGAUUCCAGCUGAAUUAAGGGCGGCGGCCACUGACCACCGGCAGGAGCUAAUUGAAUGUGUUGCCAAUUCAGAUGAACAGCUUGGUGAGAUGUUUCUGGAAGAAAAAAUCCCCUCGAUUUCUGAUUUAAAGCUAGCAAUUCGAAGAGCUACUCUGAAAAGAUCAUUUACUCCUGUAUUUUUGGGAAGCGCCUUGAAGAACAAAGGAGUUCAGCCUCUUUUAGAUGCUGUUUUAGAAUACCUCCCAAAUCCAUCUGAAGUCCAGAACUAUGCUAUUCUCAAUAAGGAGGAUGACUCAAAAGAGAAAACCAAAAUCCUAAUGAACUCCAGUAGAGACAAUUCCCACCCAUUUGUAGGCCUGGCUUUUAAACUGGAGGUAGGUCGAUUUGGACAAUUAACUUAUGUUCGCAGUUAUCAGGGAGAGCUAAAGAAGGGUGACACCAUCUAUAACACAAGGACAAGAAAGAAAGUACGGUUGCAACGGCUGGCUCGCAUGCAUGCCGACAUGAUGGAGGAUGUUGAGGAAGUAUAUGCCGGAGACAUCUGUGCAUUGUUUGGCAUUGACUGUGCUAGUGGAGACACAUUCACAGACAAAGCCAACAGUGGCCUUUCUAUGGAGUCAAUUCAUGUUCCUGAUCCUGUCAUUUCAAUAGCAAUGAAGCCUUCUAACAAGAAUGAUCUGGAAAAAUUUUCAAAAGGUAUUGGCAGGUUUACAAGAGAAGAUCCCACAUUUAAAGUAUACUUUGACACUGAGAACAAAGAGACAGUUAUAUCUGGAAUGGGAGAAUUACACCUGGAAAUCUAUGCUCAGAGGCUGGAAAGAGAGUAUGGCUGUCCUUGUAUCACAGGAAAGCCAAAAGUUGCCUUUCGAGAGACCAUUACUGCCCCUGUCCCGUUUGACUUUACACAUAAAAAACAAUCAGGUGGUGCAGGCCAGUAUGGAAAAGUAAUAGGUGUCCUGGAGCCUCUGGACCCAGAGGACUACACGAAAUUGGAAUUUUCAGAUGAAACAUUCGGAUCAAAUAUUCCAAAGCAGUUUGUGCCUGCUGUAGAAAAGGGGUUUUUAGAUGCCUGCGAGAAGGGCCCUCUUUCUGGUCACAAGCUCUCUGGGCUCCGGUUUGUCCUGCAAGAUGGAGCACACCACAUGGUUGAUUCUAAUGAAAUCUCUUUCAUCCGAGCAGGAGAAGGUGCUCUUAAACAAGCCUUGGCAAAUGCAACAUUAUGUAUUCUUGAACCUAUUAUGGCUGUGGAAGUUGUAGCUCCAAAUGAAUUUCAGGGACAAGUAAUUGCAGGAAUUAACCGACGCCAUGGGGUAAUCACUGGGCAAGAUGGAGUUGAGGACUAUUUUACACUGUAUGCAGAUGUCCCUCUAAAUGAUAUGUUUGGUUAUUCCACUGAACUUAGGUCAUGCACAGAGGGAAAGGGAGAAUACACAAUGGAGUACAGCAGGUAUCAGCCAUGUUUACCAUCCACACAAGAAGACGUCAUUAAUAAGUAUUUGGAAGCUACAGGUCAACUUCCUGUUAAAAAAGGAAAAGCCAAGAACUAACUUUGCUUACUGUGAGUUGACUGACUCUAAUUGAAUCUGCGUGGUUUUGAUACUUUGAUGGAUUCCAGUGGAAUAAAUUCAGGCUGCUGAAACAAGAAAUUCUGAGCCCAGGAAGCGGGCUCUUCCUUCUUCAAAAGAAGCUCUUCUUGUUCAUAUUCAGGAGCUUCUGUUGUAUUCAAAGGUAAUUCUAUGUCUAUUUCAACUCUAUUGAUUGGUUUUAUAGUUUAUUGAAAAUCCUCAAAUAAAAUAUAAUUAUUACUGAAAUAUGUUUAAUAUUUAAGGGGAAAAGAGACUAAUUUCAGUUAUACUUUUAAGCUUAGAAUGUAUGUUCAUUUCCAAAUUUUGUAUCAUAAGAGUUUUCAACAUAGAGAAAAGCUGAAAAAAUGCAAAGAAUAACCACAUACUUUCCAUCUACCUUCCUUCGUUAACGGGUUGUUUAUCAUAUAAUAAUUUGUUUUGUCAUAUUUGCUUUCACUGUCUAUUAUCUGUUUAAGUCUCAUAACUCUAUAUUUUUAGUUUGCUGAAGACUUGAAAGUGAAUCGCAUACAUCAUGACACUUCUUGGAGUGUCAUUAACGGGCAGGCUUUUCUGUUGAAGAGUGGAUUCCGUAUGUUCUUCAUAGAGAGUGUUUUUCAGAUUCUUCAUUGGGAUAUUAAAAUAUUAGCCAAAUUUCUCUCUGUUUUAUAUAUGUCUGUUUAUUUCAGUUUGUAGUUUCUGCAAAUUUGUAACUGCCUCUGUUUUAGGAGUAUAAGUGUUACUUCCUUGUGGUCUAUUGUGAAGUAAAAAGUAGACCCUUGCAUAUACUAUUCUUGUUUGCGUUCAUCUUAAUGUUUUUGUACAGCUAAAUCAAAUGUAAUUUAUAGAGUUAGUUUCAUCAACCUAAUGAAUGCUAGUUAAAUUUGAAUUCCUUGGAAUUUAUCGUAUAUUGUAUUCACUGAGAUUGUGAAGGGACAAAUGUUAAUCUUUUGUUUCCAGAAAAAGUUGGGCUUUCCCAAGCAGUUCUAUUACCCGGUUCAGAAUUGCUUCAUCCAAAAAUCAUCUGAUGGUAUAGAUGGAUCCUAGUCCUUUUCAUUACCUGAUGGUAGAAAUAAAAUAAUUGAUUUUAAA